AUGUCACAGAGACUUCUCAUACCCGACACCCUGAAAAGCUGGAAGUGGCAGCGCAGUUCGUGGCUUGCAGAUCUGCUUGCCGGCCUCGCGUACCCGAAUGUCAGCAAGGAAGUCCUCCGUGUGGCCUGCGACCUCAUGUAUCUGUUCUUUAUCAUCGACGACUUCACAGACAACAUGGAGCCCGAUAAGGUACUGACGACGAUCAGCAUCGUUGUAGAUGCCAUACGUAGGCCCGAGAAGCCGAGACCAGACGGCGAAUGGGUCAUUGGCGAGAUUGCCAGACAGUUCUGGGCCAAUGCCGUUGCGUGUACAACCAUCUCGUCCCAGAAACAUUUUGUCACCACCUUUACUCACUACCUGUUUGCCGUUGUCGAAGAGGCCAGAGACCGGGCCUCGGGUCGGCAGCACAGCGUUGAGAGUUUCAUGGAACUGCGCCGAGAGACCGUGGGCUUAUACCCGUCGCUUGCUGUCUUGGAGAUGGAGAAAGGGACACAGCUUUCCAACGACGUGUUGCAGCACCCGCUCGUGCUGGCCAUGACGGCUGCGGCCACCGAGAUGAUCUGCAUUGGAAAUGUGUGUCUGAUCCCCUCCUUCUCUGCCCUUCCCAUGCUGACCAAUCAGGAUCUUGUCUCCUACAACAAAGAGCAGGCCCUCGGCGGCGCCAACCACAACAUUGUGUCCAUCGUCAUGAGCACAGCACACGUCGGCACCCAGGACGCGCUCAACUGGGCGGCCGGACUCUUCAGCGAAAAUGAGCACCGCUUUAUGGAUGCCUACGCAGACUUUCGGGCCAUGCUGCCGCGCUGGGGCGAUGCUGUAGACGCUGCCGCCAUCGCCUAUGUCGACGGUAUGGCCAACUGGAUUCGCGCCAGCGAUCAGUGGAGCUAUGAGAGCGAGCGCUACUUUGGCAGCCCCUCCGGUGAUCUACGAAACGUCAUUAUGUCUGUGGGCAACCUGCCGAUGGAUUUCAAGGCACCCGUCAACAUUGUCAUCAAUGACCGGGAUAUGGACGUCGUUGCCCGCAAUGCCAUUCUCCUUUUGCUUUUCCUCGUCGUGGACGACGCUCAAGAUGCCGCAAAACACGCCAUCCAUGUCUUCUACUCAGCUUUCAUCACCGAAGAGUGUUAUGACAUCCUACAGACGCGCAUCAGGCCACUCAUCGAGACCGUCUGCAAUAAGAUUGCAAGCAAACCACCAACUGCGUUUCUGGGAAAGACAUGGAAUUUUGGCGACCGACAUUUUCGUUUGGAGCUUUUCAAAAACGACUGGUUCUGUCUUCUGUCUUUUUUUGAUGUUCCUGUGGGCUUAGAAAAGACCGCAGCCCAGAAGGUCCGAGACAGGAUUGUGUCUGCUCCCGAGCGGGUCGACUAUGUCCACCGACGACUGAUCUGCCAAAUGCCAGCGCACCGACCGAGCUUGGUGAAGUUUCGAUCGGACGGGCUACUCCUCCCAUACGGUGCAUCUCGUGCCAGCUUUUUCAUUCCUAACCCGACUAUUUUCCAGAGCGUGGACGAAUGGCCCAUGAUGGACAACGCCGACCCAAUGCACGGAUGGGACAUAACUGCCGUGCAGGGAUUCAACGCCGGCACCGCCAAAAAUGAUAUGUAUGGCAAGUUGUACCAUUACUUGAUUGGCGUCUUCGAGAAUUUCCACAAGCAACUGUCUCAGAGGCCUGUUUAUAUGCAGCUCAAUCAAGUGGACGCUAGAGCCAUUGGCGCCUAUACCGACAAGAAAUUUGCUCGCAUCGAGAUUUCCAACAUUGCCGACUCUGGUUAUAUCGGCACAGGGCAAGCACUUUGCACCUUUGGGCCACUUCUACAGCACCCCUCCAACAAUCCCCAUGCGACUCUGAUAUUUCUGUAUUUAAAUGCGGUAGUCGAGAUGAUGACCUUGACGAAGUCAAAGUACGACCGUGACGUGAUGGCCAAGAGCAUGGAUACUGUCAUGAAGUACAUGCCUACACUCGCGCCUCCGCGUGCCACGAACUACAAUUCGAUGGUGAAUCUGCCCAACCCAGAUGAAAUGAGCGCGAUGAUGAUCAAGAUCAGUUCUGCCAUUGAUUUGGUGCGGGAUUUUGAUGCUGCUUUCUCUCUCUACGUCGCACAUCAAAGAUUUUCGGAACUCUGUGUCGAGACUGGGAUGAUAAUGAAGCAGGAGCAUACCAUCUUAGAUAAAUGGCCCCUGCGGUUUAAGUUUGGUCCCGUAAAUGCUCAAACAGAGCGAGACUUUGCAGUGCUUCUCGCUUCGGGAAAUAUAGGACAUGAGCGAUACAUGGAGUGGAAGGUGGCGGAUGAGAUGGAUAUAACGAACAUGAUCAAUAUGAUCGAAUAA